UUAAUAUUCGUCUUAGAUCUAUAUUUUUCUUUUCCCCCUUUCGAUCUUUUUCACGUUUGCGCUGCACCCCUUCCCCCUCUUCUCUCUCCUCCAUUGAAGCGUACUCUGAAUUCUCCAUUGAAGCGGCUUCGAAGCUUUUUCUCUACAAUUGAAGCAGCUUCUAAGAUUGUUUGCUAAAUUCUGGUCUGAGUUAUGGGCUUAUUGGACUGUGGGUUGUGUCCUUGACUUGGUACUUGAGGAAUCAUGGGUCGUUGAUGGGCUGAUACUUUAGCUAGUUAAGUUGUUCUGGGGUAGAAAUUUAUAAGUUUUACUGGACAUGAGUUAGUAUUUGGACUUGAGCUAAUGGCUGGAAAUGCGAAGUUUGAAUUGAGUUCUGCCAGUCCGGAUAAUUCAGGCUUUUCAGGGAGCUAUUCAAAUGGACAGCGAAGUAGUUAUGCGGGUCCUACUUUGGAUAGGUCCGGAAGCUUUCGUGAGGGAAGUGAUGGUAGGAAUUAUAGCUCUGGAUCUGGCACAUCGAAAAUGAAUGCUUCACCGAUGGCCGAUUUGCCACCAUUAUCCCAGUGUUUGGUUCUGGAGCCCAUUACAAUGGGAGAUCUGAAAAAUAUACGGGCAGGUGAAUUGAAGAGGGCAUUAGGUUAUUCCUUUGGUAAUGCCUCUGAAGAUAAUUCUCUUGGAGCAGGUCAUGCUAAGCCUCCACCGAAUUCGGCUACUGAAGAAUUGAAACGCUUGAAAGCAGGUGUUUAUGAAGGAUCUCUGAAGGCUAGGACUAGGGUCAAAAGAUUGGAUGAUUCGUUAAAUAAAUUGAACAAGUAUUUUGAAGCUUCAAACUCAAAGAAGCAAUUGCCAAACGAAAGAUCAGGUGGUUCAAACUUGCUGAAGAUGGGAGCCCAGUCACACCGAAACUCACCAGAUCUCGCAACCCAAAAGUUAGAGGACAGAAGUAAGAACAUGGGUCACAAUAAGCGUGCCCGUACACCAAUGGGGGAAAUGCGGUCAGAAGGACGGAGCAAUGGAGUCCCAAGGCAACAUUUAGUGAUGGGAAAGGAUAAAGAUGGACCUAAGGAGGGUAGCUCUGAACUUGGUGAAGAAAAAAUUCGCAGAUUACCUGCUGGUGGAGAAGGAUGGGACAAAAAAAUGAAAAGAAAACGUUCAGUAAGUAGUGUAUUCCCUAGGUCGGUUGAUGGUGAUGGAGAGCUUAAGAGGACCAUGCACGGUAGGCUUGGCAAUGAUUCUGGAAUUCACUCUUCAGAUGCUCUUGGCUUCAGAUCCGGAUCUUCCAAUGGUACUAAUGGAAGCAACAAGUUAGAAAGAGCUCCAUCACCUGUGAGCUUGAGCGGUCGUAUGACACCUAAGAAUGAAUUGGACAAGACUUCACUUUCUAGGGAACUUACUGGAAUGAACAAGGAACGAUUACUACCAAAAGGAAAUUCUAAGUUAAAUAUGCGUGAGGAUCCCCAUGUGUUCAGCCCUGGUUCCAUUACGAAGGGCAAGGCUUCAAGAGCUCACCGAUCUGGUCCUGCCUCUGUAGGAAAUUCAUCUCCGAGCUUCUCGCGAAUGUCUGGGGCAGCAGAAGACUGGGAACAACCCCUUAAUGUAAAUAAGGUCCAUUCUUUGGCUGGAGUGAAUAAUCGUAAACGUCCCCUACCCUCUACCGAUUCAUCAUCUGGAAUGGCUCAAUGGGUGGGUCAAAGACCACAAAAAAUUUCCCGUAAUCGGAGAACAAAUAUUGUGUCUCCUACUUCCAAUCAUGAUGAAGCACAGAUUUCAUCUGAAGGAUGCACUCCCAAUGAUUUUAGCACCAGAAUAUCUGGCUCUGUGAACGGGUCAUUUCCUGUCAGAAAUAUAAUGAGUAGCUCACAGCAGCUAAAGGCUAAACUUGACAAUGCAUCUUCUCCGGCAAGAUUAUCUGAAGGUGAGGAAACCAGUGCUGUUGACAACAGACUCAAGGAUAAAGAGCUUGGUGGUUCUGAGUUGGAUGAUAAAAGUUCCAACUCUCAUCAGCAUGCUAGUCCUUCUGGCUUGUUCACAAAGAAGAGCAAAUUGCUUGUGAAGGAUGAAAUUGGUGAUGGUGUACGUAGACAAGGUCGAAGUGGGAGGGGCUCUUCUGUGCCAAAGGGUAGCAUGUCUCCUUUAAGGGAGAAGCUGGAUAAUCCAACAAUGGGAAAACCUGUUAGGAGUGCAAGGCCUGGUUCUGAGAAGAAUGGAAGUAAGUCAGGCCGUCCUCCUCUUAAAAAGCAAUCAGAUCGUAAGGGAUUUACCCGUCUUGGACCUCUGCCAAAUAGUAGCUCUCCAGAUUUCACAGGUGAAUCUGAUGAUGACCGUGAUGAACUUUUAGCAGCGGCGCAGUUUGCUUGCAAUGCCAGUUAUAAUGGCUGUUCUUCUUCAUUUUGGAAAAGAAUGGAACCCCUUUUUAAUUUUACACCAGAGGAUAAAUCCUUUUUGGAAGAACAGCUAAAAAUUGCAGAGGAUCGUUCAAAUGAAAGUGAGUCGACAAGCUUUGGCGAUAAUACUCUGAGAAAUGUUACUGAAAUAGAACAUUUUCGGACACAAAGUUUUGUUUCCGGAGAAACCAAGAUAUGCACCCUGGACAAUGGGAUGACAGAAUCAGCCAAGACAGGAGACUUCAUUAAUCACUUUCAGGAUUAUGAUUCUUCAUGUAGAGGAUCAGACUCUCAAAAAGGGCCUAACAGCCUCACCCCAUUAUACCACAGAGUCCUCUCUGCUCUCAUUGUUGAAGAUGAUUUUGAAGACUUUGAAGAAAACCAUUUUCUUAGCAAUGCUGCUUCUGUAGCUAAUAGAGAUGAUCCAUGUAUGGCUGAUAGAAUAUCUUGCAAUGGCAAUGCCAAUCAUAGGUUCUCAAAUAUCCACGUUCCUAUGCAUGAUGAAAUUGAGGAAGAUGAUUACGGUUUUACAUACUCUGUUGGUCAGGCCGGUCCUGUGCUUCACAGAAAUGAUACAAAUGGGUCACUAGCUAUUCACAUGAAUGCAUCUGGUAAUUCUUCAUUUGAAUGUGAAUAUGAUCAGAUGUGCAUGGAUGAUAAACUACUGCUUGAGUUGCAAAGCAUUGGCUUAUAUCCAGAGACUGUGCCUGAUCUAGCAGAGGGAGAGGAAGAGUUGAUUAAUCAAGACAUCGUCCAACUUAAAAAGCAACUUUCCUCACAGGCCAUGGAAAGGAAAGCAUACUUGGACAAAUUAAAUAAAGCUGUAGAAGACAAGGAGGUUGAAGGACGGGACCUUGAGCGGCUUGCAAUGAACAGGUUAAUUGAGUUGGCUUACAGAAAGCUUCUGGCAACACGUGGAAGCAGUGCUGCUAGAAUUGGGAUCACUAAGGUCUCAAGACACGUGGCCUUGGCCUUUAUUAGAAGAACCUUGGCUAGGUGUCGGAAAUUUGAAGACGCAGGGAAGAGUUGUUUCAGUGAGCCUUCUCUUCGUGAUGUUCUUCUUGCUGUACCUAGCAAUAACACGGGUGGCAUUCAAGCAGAACAGAACAUGCGAUUGGACUCCAGAUCAUCAGGAGCAUAUGUUGCUGGUCCUGAACAGCUUGAUUUUCAAAAUGAUAAAUCUGGUCGGGGUCCAUUUGAUGCAUAUGAAGCUCUUUCUCAUCAGUCUGACCAUGCUUUUGCAAAGAAUGGACCUAUAUUGAACAGAGGCAAGAAGAAGGAAGUGUUGCUUGAUGAUGUUGGUGGAAAUACUGCCCUAAGAUCGACAGCAACUCUUGGAUCAUCUCUUUUGGGUGGAGCAAAGGGAAAGAGAACUGAAAGAGAUUCCGGUGCCAAAGCUGGCCGCCCUUCAAUAUCUAAUUUAAGGGGUGAACGGAAAACAAAAUCGAAACCUAAGCAAAAGGCUGCACAGUUGUCUACACAUCCAGUCCAACCUUCAGCUAAUGUUUCCAGUGACAUGGUUGCUAACAAUAGUAAUAGGAAACGUGAAGGGUUAAUCUCUCCUGGAAACAUUCUUGAUUCAUCGAAAGAGUGCAAAGAUGUUAUGGACCUUAGUAGCUUGCCCUUAAGUGAAAUAGACUCGAUUGAAGACCUUAGUGUAGCUAAUGAAUUUGAAGGACAUCAAGAUCUGAGUACUUGGUUAAAUUUUGACGAGGAUGGUUUGCAAGAUCACGACUCCAUGGGUCUUGAAAUACCCAUGGAUGAUCUAUCUGAGUUAAAUAUGCUUAUGUGAGGACAAGACACUGUACAUUUCUAGCUUAAGUUGAUGAUAAUAGUUUAAUUGCUGGGAAGGAAGCCAGCUGUGUAAUUUAUGCCUCAGGAAAUCAGCACUUGUAAAUUAUGCCCAUUCUUUUUGUAUACUUAGGUUUAGAUAUCACGAAAAUUUGUUUAUGUGAUUUAAAUAGUUCCACCCUUGUAACAAAUCACAGAUUUUACUAAUAGCAAUCAUUUCAUAAUCUUUUUCCCCCCUUUUGUUUUUGUACUAGCUUGCUUCCAUUUGUACAUAAUUUGAUAUUUCAUAGAAAUAAAAUAAUAAAGUUGAAUUAA